AUGGAGAUGAUUGUGAAGCCCGAAGGAACCAAGGCCGACGAUUUCGAGAUCGCCGUUGCCAACGAGAUUGCUGAGAUUGCCAAGAAGACCAAGGAUCUUGCCCAGCCCCUGAAGUCCUUCAAGAUGGCUGCUGCGAAGGAGGUGUCCGUCGCUGGAGACAAGAAGGCCAUCGUGGUGUUCGUGCCCUACAAGCUGUUCAAGAACUUCCGUCUGAUUCAGUCUCGCCUGACCGCUGAGCUGGAGAAGAAGUUCGAGGGACGCCCUGUGGUGUUCGUGGCUCAGAGAACCGUUCUGACCAAGGACUACAAGCGCUCUCACAAGUUCGGAGGUGUCCGCCCUCACAACCACACCGUGUCGGCUGUGCAGGACGCCAUCAUCGAUGAUCUGGUGUAUCCUUGCGAAUGCGUCGGAAAGCACACCAGCAUCAACGGACGCUCUGGAAAGGUGAUCAGAGUGUUCUUGGGACCCCAGGGACAGCAGGAGGUGGAGAACAAGCUCGACGCUCUGUCCACCAUCUACAAGAAGCUGACCAACAAGAACAUUACCUUUGAGUUCAAGAACUAAGAAAGCUAAUUGGAGAGGGUGAUCUAUCCUAUGUUUGUUUUACACACUAUGGAAAAUAGUCCCUAUUUUUAGGUCCACAGUUUUUUUUGGUUAGAAUGCCUAAGCGAUCUACUACGAGUGACGGAGUGUCCUCUUCUGACCUGAAGGAUUUGCCAUCCACCAGCCUACCCAUAAACCAUAAUGAAGGGGAAACUAAGGCACACACAGGUAAAAGGUUAUUUGGAAAGAUCCGACGUCCAGAAAGUGGUAAUAAAUAUAUGGAUAUUCUGACAACUUUUAGGAGUCACGCCGAUCAAUUCUGGAAACGUUGGAAAGUUUAGUGAGGAUCUUGAAGCGGCAAGAAAGAACGAAGAAGCUACUAAAAAGCCUGUAAUGCGUUAUAAGUAUGAGCUC